CCGCUCGACCCCCUAACUUCUUUUGGAAUAUGAAACAAGUUCUUCGCCUCUUCUAUAUUGGUGACCGGAGUGAUCUGCAAAAAUUACCAACUUCGCCACCUCUCGCCGAUUCGAGGCGGUUUUACAGAUACUCAUUAUCCUUUACCAUUCACUAUUUGCUGCAAUGGCGGAUGAGGAACCUAUUGAUCAGAAGAAAUACCUUGAGGAAUCUUGCAAGCCAAAGUGCGUAAGGCCUUUACGUGCAUAUCAGGCAUGCAUGGAGAGAAUAAAAGGAGAUGAAACUGGGCAUAAGCAUUGCACCGGGCAAUACUUCGAUUAUUGGUCAUGCAUUGACAAUUGUGUUGCACCAAAGCUCUUAGACAGGCUGAAGUGAUGAAGGAAUUUGCAGUUCAGCUAAAUGUUUUCCUUAAGCUACUUUUGAUUUUUAAUUUGGUCCGUAGAUGGACUGAACUGAACUACAUGUGGUUGGUGCUCCUGCCAAUGCAUUUUUGUUCAGUGAAGAUGAAUUUCUAAUGCCUUCUCAAGGAACAACUGCACCAAAACAAAAGAGAACUGCUUAUAUUCAAAUAAUCACAUUUCUUGUGUUCUUCUGUUGGUGCCUUGAAGAAUAGUUACAAUAAAAUUCAUUUUACAUUGAAGCUGCAUAUCUGUAAUGAUCACUUGUUUUCAAGUAAUACUGUAUGUGGUGAUUUAAGCGUGUGGGAU